AUGCCUUCCCCGUUGAGGCUGGUCUUGUUGCUUACUUUGCCAGUGGUUCUGGCAGCUCCAGCGCCACACAAACGAGCUGCUAAUCCGAUCGUGAUCAUUCCCAACCCAGAGGCCACCGUCGUCGGCUUCUCGAGCCCGAACAAGGUUGACAACUUCAAUGGCAUACCCUUCGCACUGGCUCCGACCGGAUCGCUUCGGUUGAAACCACCCCGGCCAAUCCAAACCUCGCUCGGCAAUUUCCAGGCUACUUCCGUUGCCAAGUCCUGCCCGCAGUUCCUUUUCAGUACCGACACAAAGGAAAUUCCGAGCUCUGUACUCGGGAAGCUGGCAGUUAUUCCCAUUUUUCAAACAAUCACCCAUGCAAGUGAAGACUGUUUGACUUUGGAUGUAUGCCGUCCGUCGGGGACCAACGCCGACGCAAAGCUACCGGUGGUGGUGUGGAUCUACGGCGGUGGAUUUGAGCAGGGCUCCACGGCGAAGUACGAUGGCUCAAGCUUUGUAGCGAGUUCUGUAAAGCUACAAAUGCCAGUCAUAUUUGUUGCCAUGAACUAUCGCCUUGGUGGGUUUGGAUUUCUUCCGGGUGCAGAGGUUCUUAAGGAUGGCUCAGCCAACCUCGGGCUCUUGGAUCAACGGCUGGCCUUGAAGUGGGUUGCAGACAACAUAGCAGCAUUUGGAGGCGAUCCUUCGAAGGUCACGAUUUGGGGCGAGUCCGCCGGAGCCAUCUCCGUUUUUGAUCAGAUGGCUUUAUAUGAUGGCGAUAACACAUACAAUGGGGCCCCACUCUUCCGCAGUGCGAUCAUGAACUCCGGUAGCAUUGUGCCUGCCAAUGAUGUUGACGGCACGAAAGGACAAGCGGUCUAUGACACCGUGGUGGAGAAUGGUGGCUGCACUGGGGCGAGUGAUACCCUCGCGUGUCUACGUGGGCUGGACUACACCAAGUUCCUUAGUGCUGCCAACUCCGUCCCAGGUAUCCUGGGCUAUAACUCCGUCGCCGAGUCAUACUUGCCCCGCCCGGAUGGCAUGGUCUUGACCGAAUCAGCAGAGCAACUCGUCAUGAAGGGAAAAUAUGCGCCGGUUCCAUUCAUCAUCGGUGACCAGGAAGACGAAGGGACUAUCUUCGCUCUGUAUCAGAAUAACCUGACGACAACCGACCACAUCGUCGACUAUCUGCAGAGUCUAUAUUUCUUCGAUGCCUCGCGACAGCAGAUUGCAGAUCUUGUCGCGACAUAUCAAGACAUUCAAGAAGAUGGCUCCCCGUUCCGCACAGGGUCAUUGUACAACUGGUACCCACAAUACAAACGACUUGCGGCCAUUUUGGGAGACCUCUCGUUUACCCUCACACGCCGUAUCUUCUUGAACUACGCCCAGGACGCAAAACCUGAUGUUCCCUUUUGGUCUUACCUCUCGUCCUAUGAGCAUAACGUCCCCUUUCUGGGAACAUACCAUGGAUCUGAUAUCGCUCGAGUGCUCUACGGCGUCCUGCCAGACUAUGCAUCUCAGUCCCUGCACUCAUAUUAUUUGUCAUUUGUGUAUGAGCAGGACCCGAACGCAAAGGCUGACAAGUACAUGAAUUGGCCCCAAUGGGCUGACAACCACUCAUUGAUGAAUUUCUUCGAUGAUCAUGGCACCUUGUUGCGAGAUGACUUCCGUCGGGAUAGUUACGAUUAUAUGAUGGAAAACCUUGCUUCCCUACAUAUCUGA